GUCUCACAGAAAAGUUGCUCAAAAAAGUUUCCUUCAGAUUUUUCAAUUUAGUAUGGAGGAAGUAACACAAUCAAUAAUGGAAGAUCUUUUACAGGAAGACGAAUUUAAGAAAUUAUGGGUUGAUUUGGCCGUCGAAAUUGAAAAUAAAAUUCAAACAAAACAUUUUUCUGUCAAAACUGUGCAUUCUUCCGUUCCAAAUUUACCAACUUCUUAUCAAUCUAUAUCAAAUUUUCGUUUAAAUGAGCCACAAAUUGACGCAACUUUUGCCAAAAUUUACAAGGAAAUGUCUGUAGGGCUUGAUUUGGUUACCAAAAAUUUUGUUAGAGGAGUCCAUUUAGCAUAUUUUUCUGAUGAUAAAUCCCAACAACAAUCAAAUUAUUUUCGUCAUGAAGCCUCUUCCCUUUAUUCAAUUCAAGUGAUUUUAGAACGCUCUAUUAUUUCUAAUAAAUUUAAUAUUGCACAAUUUGGUCUAAUUUCUCGUAGAGUUAUUAAAAUGCAGCAACUUUUUGGUGUUUACACUUCUAUGUGGUUUUUUAUUUUACAAAUAAGCCCUUACAACGUGGAGAAUUGUACUUUUUUGGCAACUACACUUUAUUCAAUUCACAAAAAAUUUUUUGAUUAUGGCAAGUUUUAUGAACCAGAAAAUACUAGAUGUGAAGAGGCGAAAAAAUUAGAAAGUGUUAUUGAACGUUUUGGAAAGAUUGUAUGUCUAAGACUUGAAAAGAUGCUCUUCUCUCUUUUAAAUAAACAAAAAAUAUCACCCAAAUCUCAACCCUUUGUAAAUUUUAUAAAGAACGAAUUCUGUGGUCCAAAAUCUUCAGACACUCAAACACUUCUAACUCGCUUUCAAGAUUGGAGCCCAACCCAUCGAAAAGGUUUUCUUCUCUCUCCAGAGUUGGAAUAUUCAAAAACGAGGAUGGCUUUAGUAAAGAAACAGCGGUCAGAUUCUAUGGAGGUUAGAGGUCCUAGACAGUCACAUCCUUCUAAUGUUGGAAGGAGAUGA